AUGGAGGGAGCUUCGCAAAAUAAUGAAAUAGCAACCGUAAAGGCAGAUGUGCCACGAUACGAGGUUAAUGGCGAUAACGAUAGCAGGAAGCUCUUAUCGCAGUUUCCCGAUGAAUUAAUCUUGGAAAUCUUAUCGUAUCUGGACGUCGAUGAUCUGCUAAUUGCUUCACGGGUAUCCCACCACCUCCGAACACUCUGCCUCGAUCCUCUUCUCCACACCCACCGCCUCCACGAUGCAUCAUAUACCCUUUCCCGCCGUCUAUCUCAUCGAGCCCAUCUCACAGAUCUCCUGAACCAACGAAUAUACAUAACGCGUACUUCGCUCGCAGCACGUAGUCUCGGUCGCAAUUUCAUCAAGAUACGGUUGAACAGACAGCUAGGACAAAGACCCUCUGUGGAGACACUAGUGGAGAAAAACGUAUUGCCGAAAGAAUGCUAUGGGCAGGGGAAAGGGAAAAUAGCACCGGGUUUAGUGGGGGUAAAGAGGAGAGUGGAGAGGGAGAGGGUGAAGGAUGGAUUGAGGGCGUGGGUGGAGGGGUGGAGAGGGAGGGUGGGGGAAAAGGAGAGGGAGGUUGAGGGGACCAGGGAGGGGAAGGUGGAGGUUAGGUGGUUGGUUAGGAGGUUUGCGAGGAGGGAUGGCGAUGCGAAUGUGGUGGGGAAAGGAUCGUGGGGAAAGAAGGUUGAGCGUAGAGAAAUGCCGGCGAGGGCGAUGGUUCUGGGUCUAAGGAAGUUCUGGGAGAGGGUUGGGAGAGAUGGGGUGGGAACUACUGGGGUUGGUUUGGGAUAUCACCUUUGA